AUGAGAUUUCAUUUCCUCCUUAUACUUGCAUUAACGAUAAUGACAACAACAAUUAUUGAUUCAAUGCCUACUCAUGUGACAUUGACAUGCCAUAAUUCAGAACACUGUUCACAUUUAACUGUUAAAAGUCGUCUAUUACCAAAUUGUACGAAAAAACAACAUCAUGUAUCACGACGAAUAAAGCGUUUAUUCAAAUGUCGACAUAACGAUACGAUUGUUUUAAAUCAGAUACCAUCAAAAAUAAAGACAAAAUUAUUUGAUGUUGAAGAAAAAGAAAUAAACUAUAAAACAAUGAGAUUGUAG